AUGAGCAUCACCGUAUACCCUUCUCCAGCUUCUUCUCAACCGGUGCUUACAGAGUCUGUUCCGUAUACUAUUCUACCUGCUCCAUUUGCCUCCGUUGUUGUUUUCAGCGCUGCUCAACAUCAGCAAGCAAAGCAGAUAGUAGCAGUCUUAGAUCAGGAAAUUAGAAACUCUGGAGUCAAGAUAAAGUUUAUCGACGAUAAAUUGUCAACAGAUGAGAAGGCAGAAUAUACAAUCAUCAUGGAGGAUAUUACUCCCCUCUACGCAAAGAUUAAUCGAUUGAUACCUCUGUAUUACCUACUAACCAAGAAUAGCAAGAAAGCAGUCAAGGAAAUGCUAACAAUGAAAUACAUGAUACAACGGCAAUUCAUCGCUUUACCUGAGGACAAGUACGUUCUGAGGCUGGCAGAUCUCAAAGCUCAACGGGAUCUCUUGGCUCAAUUGGAAAAAUUCGAGGAACAAGCUCAGAAAUUAUCAACGGAAGGCGGAUAUGCAGUGUGUGAAGUAAGAUUUGAAUGGACCAAGACCAAUAACAAUGAGAAUGCUGAUACCUCUAGCAAUCCUAGUAACAAUCGACUAACUCCCCCGGCUUGUGAUGACGCUGAAAGGAUGAUAGUUGAUGAAGUCGAACAAGACGGAAAGAUUACGUCAAAUAUAUCACCAGCGGUGAAGACAACACUCGCAACAGUAUCACCUCCUCCAUCACCGCUCCCACCACCACAGACAAUGCCGACGGGUGCGCGGGCCCUGGCCAAAUUUCUCAGUCUAAUUCCGCCAGAUGGAAACGAUAAUAAUUCAAUAGAAUAUUUAUCGGAUCGGGUGGGCGAUCUAUUUAUACCAAUGAGGAAAAACAACAACACCGUGCCUGCCGCUACCACAGGAAAUGCUAAUGCAAACAACGUAAGAAAUAAUUCCGACACAUUACCUUUGAGCGGGAUUACCAACAACCUUACAUUCGCUAGAUCGGCGGAUAAGGUAUCUGCAGGAGUACAAAUAACGCCAUCUUUGGGUAAAAUGAAAAAGAGCACAGAGGCGGGACGAAGGCGAACAAAUCAGAAAAAAGAGUUGAGGAAGGAUAUCGUAAACAAUAAAGCUAAUGUUAAUGAGAAUAUGGCAGUAGAUGAAAAUAGAGAAAUAAGUGAUAGUCCUGGUCAUAACAAUGAGAACAACACGGCAAAAGUAUUAAUAAAGGAUGAGAGUAACACCUCUACAAAUACCACACCUCUUACGACUGCUAAUACUAACAUCAAUGAACUAGUCAAGAAUGAAGAGACGUCAGCAAAGAACACUCAUGCUAACAUAAGCGGGAACGAGUCGAUGCAGAUUGAAGAUACAAGUGAUUUCAUGGCAGAGUGA